GUCAAUAUUUAAAUUUGAUGAUAAUUGGUGACUUUAUAGAAAUUCGAAUUUGUUGCUUUACUUCAAUCCAAUUAAUAAUUUUGUCCUCAUUGGUUCUAAUCGUCGUUGUAAUUUAUAAUAUUAUUUUAUAGCAUUUCCAUAAACUUAUAAUAUGUAACACUUAUCAAUUUAUUCAAUUAUAGCAUAUUUGUUUUAACAUUUGAAAGGAUUGUAUCUAAUACUUAUUUACUUAAAUAAAAAUAAGAUCAGUAUGGAGUACGAUAACGAUGAAAAUACUUGGCGGAGGCCGUCUACACCCAAGAUGGAUAAUUCCAAAUGUCAUCCUAUUCCGAAACGUUCUACGACAGUCGCAGUGAUAGUAUUAGGCUUGGCCGUUCUUAGCUGCCUUCUUGGAUAUUGUGUGCUCAGUGAAAGCCUGCCCUAUGAAUCCAAAACUUUGCGUCUUGUCAUUAUUCUUUUCCGACAUGGUGCUCGUACUCCAACACACACAUAUAAAAGUGAUCCAUACAAAAAUUAUCAAUGGCCUGAUGGACUCGGAAGCCUCACCAAUACUGGCAAACUUCAGUUAUAUGAAUUGGGAAAGAAGUACCGCAGUUAUUAUGCAAAUUUCAUACCUGAGGAAUACUAUGAGAAAGAUGUGUAUAUACGCAGUAGUGAUGCGUCGCGAUGUUUGAUGAGUGCAUACACCUUUCUAGCUGGUCUCUACCCACCUACUGAACGGCAAAUGUGGCACCCAGAGAUGUCAUGGCAACCUAUUCCUGUACACUCAUUACCAAGGCAGCUAGACAACGUAGUGGCAGCCACAAAAUCAUGUAAACUGUGGUCUGCUAUGUACAAUGAAGUAAAAGCAGAAGUUGAUGCACAGCCAAAGUUUAGUGAACUCUUUGACUACCUCACAAAACAUACAAACCAGAGCAUGCGGAGUGUUCUCAAUGUGGAUUUCCUAUAUAGCUCACUAUUAAUACAACGAGAAACAGGUCUUAAACUGCCUGAAUGGACCAAAAAUGUGUUCCCUAACAAAAUGCGUCUACCCUUUAUGUUGAGUUUGGCAUUGCUGUCUUAUAAUGAGACAUUACAGAGGCUGCAAGUAGGCCCCCUCCUCAAUGAAAUUAAGCAAAACUUUGACAAAUCUGUGAGCCACGAGAACAUUGAUCGAUCUUUAUACUUAUACUCUGGGCAUGAUGUGAAUGUUGUCUCGUUGUGGCGCGCACUCGGUUUCCAGGAGCUGCUUGAGCCAGAAUACGGCGCCAGCAUAGCUCUGGAACUUCAUGAAGAAGUGGAACAAGAUAAUUUCUUUGUAAAGGCGUUUUACCGUAACAAUACAAAAAUUGAGGUCCCUAUGGAGUUGAAAUUAACCUUCUGUAGUGAUCCAUGCCCAUACACGGAGUUUAAACACCAUCUUGAAAAACUAAUACCAACCGACUGGGAAGCAGAGUGUCAAAAUGACGUUUAAACCUUACAUUAAUGACGUCUAAAUAGUGUCUUACUGCAAACAGUUUGCCAAAAUCUGCCUAACUUUUUUACUCUUAUAUGUAUGAAUAGUGAUAUAUUAGAAUGUCAAUAUUGUAAUGUUGUAAAAUAAAAAUAAAAUACAAUACUCUCACUUCCAUAUUCCAAAGAUGUACUUAAGUACAUACAUAGCCCCUUAUUCAUAAAAACUAAAAUAUUCUACAAAUGUACUUUAAACAAUUACACUGUUUUGUCACUUUCUUUCAAGUUGGAAAUUUAGAAAGAGACAAAACAGUUCAAUUGGUUUGACGUUUUUAUGAAUAAGACUGUAAGAGUAUGUAUUCAUGGUUAGAAUUAUUGAAAGUGGCCCCCGUUUUAAUAAACAUAUGUAUAUUCAUUUGUAUGCGUUGACGUCAGGCAGGUGGCCGGUCGU